AUAUUACUUUAUUUGAUGUACCUACCUAUCAUAAAAUUAUUAGUUUUGUAUUACUUUUGAAUUCAACAUAAAAAUAGUGUAAGAUUGAAUUUAGGUUUUAAUAAGUGUAGUAAAAUAUAGUAAAAACACUUUGGCCCUACUAUUUGUGCCACUUGUAAGAUAGUGUGUUUGUUUGGGUUGUGCGUGUUAAGGACAAUUGGAUUUUUUAGUUUCAUACAAAUAAACUAUACAAUUCAAAAUGAUACGUGUCGAAGAGAGCCGCAUAAAGUCUUACUUGACUAUGUAUAAAUUCCCAGAACAAACAAAAAAGGAAAUUAUAAAAACACUUAACUAUUACCACGGCCUUGUUUGUAAUUAUGAAACAUUUUUGUUUUCCAACAGAAUUGAGAAAAAAUUAGUUAAUUUGAGUGGCACUAUACCAGUAACGUUUAAAGGCACUACUUACCACAUUCCUAUUUGUAUUUGGCUUAUGGAUACGCAUCCGAAUAAUGCUCCAAUUUGUUAUGUUAAACCUACGGUGGAUAUGCGAAUAAAAAUGUCAAUGAAUGUGGAUCACAAUGGAAAAAUUUACUUACCAUAUUUGCACAACUGGACUCCGGCUACGUCCAAUCUUCUCGAGUUGAUCGGCAAAAUGGCGGUUACGUUUUCAGAAACACCGCCUGUAUAUUCACUGCCACGAACCGAUCAACCUGUCAACCCGGUUGCUUAUCCGACUCAAAUGCCAUACGGUGGAGGUAAUUCGAAUAUGAUGUUACCCUAUCCAACGCAGCCCAGUUCAGCCUCAUCGAAUAUUCCCACAACGUACCAUAGCAGUUCCACGACACCUUACCCAUUAUAUAACAAUCAAUUUCCCACACCUUCGUAUCCAUCAAGUUCAGCUGGAGGAAGCACUAAUUUUACACCUUACUCGCCUCCAUAUCCUACGCAAAAUGUUCCGUAUUCACAGCAAGCAGCGUCCAUCAAACCAGAAUAUCCUCCAUAUCCGACGGCUACAGGCGGAUCUACACCAAACACUUCAUCAGGGUUAAGUGAUGGCGGUACAAUAACAGAAGAACAUAUUAAAGCGUCAUUGAUAUCUGCCAUUGAAGAUAAAGUGCGAAGACGUUACAAUGAACAAAUGGGUCAGAACAAAGCUGAGUUAGAUAUAUUGUUGCAGUCUCAGCGAGAACUGACGUUAGGAAAAAAUAAAUUGGAUUCAAUAUUGACAAGCCUCAACAAAGAGAAAGCCGAGCUAGAACAAAACAUUCAGGUGCUGCGCGACAAAGAGACUGAACUGGAAAUGGCCAUUUCUAAACUAUCCAAAGAAGAUAACAUUGAUAUAGACGACGCUGUUGCGACAACAGCACCAUUAUAUAAACAAAUAUUGAACGCAUUUGCUGAAGAAGCGGCUACCGAAGAUGCUAUUUAUUAUAUGGGAGAAGCUUUAAGAAGAGGAGUAAUAGACUUGGAAGUAUUUUUAAAACAAGUACGAGCGCUUUCGCGUAAACAAUUUAUGUUACGAGCAUUGAUGCAGCGAUGCAGACAUAAGGCUGGUCUAGUUGCUUGACUCCCAUCAUAAUAUUACGUACACCCAUAAAAAAACAUGUAUUCGAUAAAAUAAAAAUAGAUUACUCAUAUUAUCUAUGUUUUCAAUUUAAAAUUUAUUUUAUAUUCCUUUAAAUAUAUUAUAUUAUAAUAACAUGUAAAAUAUAAAAAAAAUAUAAAU